AUGGGGGCUGCAAUUGCCUCAAUUCCUAGUCCCCUCAGCUUGGAAGAUGCCACUUCCAGUCACUCUCAUUGUGCCUCCACAUCUGUUACCCCUGUAUCCAUGCCAGAUCUUGGCUCUAUUGUCUCAACUACACUUCAACAAGUUGCUCAGGUUUUGGUUGCCAUGGGUUUUUCAGUAAAACCUCAUUAUGAAAAUAUGACUUAUUUUACUGCUAAUGGGUCUCCACUUCGUGUUACCCACUCUGGUAAUACCAAUGUCCCUGAUCCAUCUGGUUGUGUGGUGCAAAAUCUAGCAACAGGGAAAGUGAUUGGAAGAAAAUUUAAUAAGAAUAUUGUUUGUGAGAGUUGCAAGUUGGCAAAACAUUUGGCUCAACCUUUUCCUCAUAGCAAUAAUAGAAGUAUCGUGGAUUUCGCUUUAGUGCACUCUGAUGUUUGGGGCCCUGCUCCUGUUCCUUCAAUUAAUGGAUUUUCUUAUUAUGUGAUAUUUAUUAAUGAUUUUUCUAAAUCUAUGAAUGAGGAAAUUGUAGCUUUAAAGGUAAAUCACACUUGGGAUUUGGUCCCAUUGCCCUUAGAAAAGCAUCCCAUUAGUAGUAAAUUGGUUUAUAAAGUCAAGUUACGAGCUGAUGACACUCUUGAUCGGCAUAAAGCCCGAUUAGUAGCUCAGGGUUAUGCCCAAGAGCAUGACAACGAUUAUGAAGAAAAUUUUGCUCCAGUUGCUAAGAUAACAACUAUUCGUACUUUUAUUGCACUCGCGUCUAUUCGUGAGUGGCCCAUAUGGUAUGCACUUGAUCUUGUUUCAACUGCCCAUUUGAAUGAUGUGAAGGUUGUUGAUACACCCAUGGAACUCAAUGUUAAACUUUCUGCAUAUGUUAGAUAUCCUCUUCUUGAGCCUACGUUAUCCUCGACGACCACAUCUAUUAGCAGUUAUCGAAUUUUACGCUAUGUUCGAGAAGAGCAAGAAAAGAAUACUGUUUCCAAGUCAAGCACUGAAGCUGAGUAUCGUGCUAUGUCUUCUAUUGCUAGUGAGAUUGUUUGGGUUCGUGCUCUUCUCAAUGAGUUUGGUAUCUCUACUUCAAAUCCCACACCUUUAUAUGCAAAUAACCAGAGUGUAAUUAAGAUUGCAUCUAACCCAGUUUUUCAUGAACGCAUAAAGCAUAUUACCGUAGAUUGUCAUUAUGUUUGUGAUCGCUAUCUUGAUGGUACAUUAUCUCUUCCUUAUGUUUCUUCUACUGUGUAA